UUCUUGCGAGAGAAAAAUAAUCGGCUGGGUUCCGUACGAGAAAGAAAAGAUUUAUUGUCUGAUAACAUUCCCUACAUAUCUACCUGAUCUACCGUCUUCCCAACGCAACGUAAACAUGGCCGAUCAACUGAACAUGGGCGGGCUGAGCCUGGGCGACCAGCAGCAGCCUCCUGCACCUCGUUCCUACAUCCCUCCUCACAUGCGAGGUAAAGUUGGCGCCGCUACCAAUGCUCCUCCUCCCAUGGGUGCUGGAGGACCUCCUCCUAACAUGAAUGGUCUCAACAGCAGCGCCUGGGCUGGUAACAGCAACUUCGACGCUCGACCCGCCCCCGGGGGUUGGGAUACACCUAAUUACCCUCCUCCCCAGCGCCAAAGCCCUGGAAACUGGAAUAACAAUCGAGGAUUCGAUCGCAACGCUUACGGCAACCCAGCCGCUGGCGGUGGCGGUGGCGGCGGCAACAGCGGUAACUCUGGAGGGGGAUAUGCUAGAGGCUCGGGCGACGGGCAAUGGCGCGAUGGCAAGCACAUUCCUGGUCCUCCGAAUCCCCGUAUGGAGCGAGAGCUGUUUGGCACCCCUGACGACCCGUCCAAACAACACACCGGAAUCAAUUUCGAGAAGUAUGACGACAUUCCUGUCGAGGCCUCUGGACACGAUACCCCCGAACCCGUUCUCACUUUCAGCAAUCCUCCCCUGGACGAUCACUUGAUCCGCAACAUUGAACUGGCUCACUACAAGGUUCCAACUCCUGUCCAGAAGUACUCGAUCCCUAUUGUCAUGGGUGGAAGAGAUCUUAUGGCCUGUGCCCAGACUGGUUCUGGAAAGACUGGUGGUUUCCUUUUCCCCAUUCUUUCCCAGGCUUUCCUCACUGGCCCCUCUCCCAUCCCUGCAGGCGCUCCCGGUGGUGGUUACGGUCGUCAGCGUAAGGCUUACCCUACGUCUCUUAUCCUAGCCCCAACUCGUGAAUUAGUCUCCCAGAUCUACGACGAGGCGCGCAAGUUCGCCUACCGAUCCUGGGUCCGACCCUGUGUGGUCUAUGGUGGUGCUGACAUUGGUUCCCAACUUCGCCAAAUCGAGCGUGGUUGCGAUCUUCUUGUUGCGACACCUGGACGUCUUGUCGAUCUCCUAGAGCGUGGUCGCAUUUCCCUCCAGAACAUCAAAUAUUUGGUUCUUGAUGAGGCUGACCGCAUGUUGGACAUGGGUUUCGAGCCUCAGAUUCGUCGAAUUGUCGAAGGCGAGGAUAUGCCAGGUGUUCAGAACCGACAAACUCUCAUGUUUUCGGCCACCUUUCCCCGAGAUAUCCAGAUGCUUGCCCGCGAUUUCCUCAAGGAUUACGUGUUCCUUUCGGUCGGUCGUGUCGGUUCCACAUCCGAGAACAUCACUCAGAAGGUUGAGUAUGUCGAGGAUGUUGACAAGCGCUCCGUUCUUCUAGAUAUUCUACACACCCAUGGUGGUGGUCUUACCCUGAUCUUCGUCGAGACGAAGCGCAUGGCCGAUUCGUUGUCUGAUUUCCUCAUCAAUCAGAACUUCCCCGCCACCUCGAUUCAUGGUGACCGCACGCAACGUGAGCGUGAACGUGCUCUAGAGAUGUUCCGAAAUGGACGAUGCCCCAUCCUCGUGGCUACAGCCGUAGCUGCGCGUGGUUUGGAUAUUCCCAACGUUACACACGUUGUCAACUACGAUCUUCCCACUGAUAUUGAUGACUACGUCCACCGAAUUGGUCGUACUGGUCGUGCAGGAAACACUGGUCACUCUACGGCAUUUUUCAACCGAGGCAACCGCGGUGUUGUACGAGAUCUCAUCGAGCUCUUAAAGGAAGCCAACCAAGAGGUUCCGGCAUUCCUUGAGACCAUUGCCCGAGAGAGCUCCUACGGUGGUGGUCGUGGUGGCAGAGGCGGUGGUGGCCGUGGCCGUGGCCAGGGUGCGAACCGCGAUUUCCGAAAGUACGGGGGUGGCGGCGGAGGAGGCAGCGGUCCCGGCUUCGGUGGCGGGUUCGGAGGACCUCAGCAAUCUGGUGGCUAUAGUGGCGGCGGUGGUGGUGGCGGCGGCUUCAAUGGUCCUCCCCCAAGCCAGGGCUACGGCGGAGGUUACGGAGGCGGCGGCGGCGGUGCUCCGGCCUAUGGAGGUGGAAGCUAUGGCAACCCUGGUGGACCGGGUGGCCAGGCUUCCUGGUGGUAAACCUAACAACAUACGAACGGCCCGAAUAUUCUCCCUCUUACGCAAACCGCAUGCAGGAAUGGGAAUUGGGCAAAUUUGGAAUGCGGUACAUAGAUUUCACGGUGUCAUAUUUCUCUUUCACUUUCUCAACCGACUUACGCAAGGUUUCUUCUCAUUCUGUUGUCAUUUUUUCGACACUCUUCCCUUAACAUACUCCCUUCUACGGCAUACCUACGUACGGCAUGCCCGACUUCCAGCCUC